CAGCAUCUGCCUUUCGCCAGCUCUCGCUGCAGCUGCCCCCCAGGAGUAUGACUACGUAAUUGUCGGUGGUGGUCUUACCGGUUUGGUCGUUGCGAACAGGCUCAGUGAAGAUAAACGCAGGACUGUGCUUGUGAUUGAGAGCGGCGAGUCUGUUGACAGAGACACGACCAUGAUACCACAUCAUGCCCAAGACCUGACCAUCGAUGCCGAUUUGAUGUGGAGUGGUCUUAUGUCGAAGCCAGACCCUUUUCUCGGCAACGUGACUACCAAUGUCGUUGUUGCAAAGACUCUCGGUGGAGGCUCAGUAAUCAAUGGAAUGGUCUAUGAUCGAGCUUCUGCUGCUGACCUCGAUGCAUGGGAGGCUCUUGGUAAUAAGGGCUGGGGAUGGGCAGGCAUGAAACCCUACUUCAUCAAAGGUACCACCUACCAGCCUGCGUCUGCUGCGGUUGCCAAGGAGUACAACAUCACGUACGAUCCAUCAGCCUACGGGAGUGGACCGUUGACUGUGAGUGUUCACGACUCCCACGUUCCUGACAACAAGGACUACUGGGCCGCCUGGAGGGGUAUGGGUGUACGCCUUCCCUUGGACGGUAAUGAUGGCGAGGUCGGUCCUUCGUGGUUCCCCAACACCAUGGAUAAGAGGACUGGACGCAGAGCCCAUGCGCGAUACGCAUACUUGAACCCGAUCGCCAAUCGUACCAACCUCAAGGUUCUCACCAAGACGACAGCCCAAAAGGUUGUGUUCACCAACACGAACGCACCUAACAUGGCAAACGGUGUUGAGAUCCUUGACGCAGCGUCUGGAAAGACUUCAACCGUCUAUGCCAAGCGCGAAGUUAUCCUGGCGGCAGGUUCCAUUCUUACGCCAAAGUUGUUACAAUUGAGUGGUGUCGGACCCAAGAAUAUCCUGAAGGCUGCAGGUGUCAAAGUUCGCGUUGAACUUGACGCCGUCGGUUCCAACUUCCAGGACCACCCAUAUGGAGUCGCCGCAUUCAACGCGCCCUCUAAUAGCUUCCCUUCCAGCAAUGAGCUCAACACCAACGCGACCUACAACGCGACCGCCUGGGAUCAGUACGUUCAGAAUAAGACGGGACCAUAUACUGUUGCUCGUGGCAAUGCCCUGGCCUUCAUUUCACUCCCAGACAUGACGUCCGACGUUCAAUCAAUCGUCAACAUCAUGAACAGCCAAAACGACAGCGACCAUCUUCCCAGCAUCUACAAGAACAACAAGCCGCUGCUUAAGGGAUUCGCACGUCAACGGAAAAUUCUUGCAGGACUCUACCAACGCAAGGAUGCCGCUCUUGCUGAAUUCGGCGUUCCCAGUGAUGGCAGUUUCAGUCUACUCGGCGUCGAGAAGCCCCUUUCCCGUGGCACUAUCAACAUUAACGCAAAGAACCCUCAAGGGCCUCCCGACAUCUUCUUCAACGCCUUCUCCAACCCCACUGACAAGGCCGUCCUCGGUGCCAGCCUCCGAUACUACCGCACGUACAUGGCUCGUCCCGAACUCAACAAGUUCAACGUCUCGGAGAUUGCGCCUGGCACUCAGUACAAAACGGACAAUGAGAUCUUCUCGGCCCUGGUUAGCCAGUCUUUGUUGGCACCUACGCUUGCUCACCCGUCGGGCUCUUGCCCUAUGAUGGCAAGGGAGGAAGGAGGCUGUGUCAGCGAUAAGCUCCUCGUGUAUGGCACUCAGCAUCUUUCUGUCAUUGAUGCUUCCAUUAUCCCGCUUGUUCCAUCUUGCCAUUUGCAGGCUACCAUGUACGGGGUUGCCGAGAAGGCCGCGGAUAUCAUCAAGGCUAGGAAUUGA